AUGGUUGCUGUCCUAGAGAGAACAUUCACAAUCUUUUUAAGUGUGGAAUUCCUCUUGGGAAUCUUAGGAAAUGGAUUCAUUGCUCUGGUGAACUGCAUAGACUGGGUCAAAAGAAGGAAGAUUUCUUCAGUGGAUCAAAUCCUCACUGCUCUGGCAAUUUCCAGAAUCACUAUGACUUGGUUUGUGUUCCUAGAUGGAUGGAUAUUUGUUCAUUACCCUGCAUUACACUUGACUGUAAAAAUGUUAAGAUUAUAUUUGAUCACUUGGACAGUGAUCAAUCACUGUAACUUUUGGCUUACUACAAGCCUAAGCAUAUUUUAUUUUCUCAAGAUAGCUAACUUUUCUAACACUAUUUUUCUUUACCUAAAGUUUAGAGUUAAAAAUGCCAUCUUGGUGACCUUGUUAGUGUCUCUAUUUCUCUUGUCCUUAAACAUUGUUGUCAUGAAAAUAUACUGUGACAUGUGUAUUGAUGAUGUCCAAAGGAAUGUAUCUCAUAUCUCUAGAUUGUAUAACUAUGCACAUAUUUGCAGAUUUCUUUUAUUUACCAAUCCUAUGUUUUCAUUUGCACCAUUUGUUACAUCCCUGGCAAACUUCCUCCUGCUCAUCUUCUCCCUGUGGAGACAUCUGAAGAACAUGCAGCACAACGCUAAAGGCUCCAGAGAUGUCAGCACUGUGGCCCACAUCAGAGCCUUGGAGACUAUCAUUAUUUCUGUACUGUUAUACACUAUUUACUUUUUCUCAUAUUUAGUGAUGGUUUGGAGUUCUGAUUCACAGGAAAAAUACCUGAUCUUUUUGUCUGUCUGGACUCUGGGAAAUGCUGCUCUUUCUGCUCACCCAUUUGUUCUGAUUUGGGCAAACAGAAGGUUGAGGUGGGCUUUUCUUUUAGUGCUAUUGUUGCUCAGAUAUAGGUUAAAAACAUAG